AUGGGAAAAACACCAAAGAUUCUAAAGCCAAAAGCGGCAAGACAUAAUGCAAAUCUAGAUGCUUUUGAAGAAUUCAGGUCAAAGUAUCGACAUAAAAUUCGAUGUCUCCUCUCAAAAGAACUCGUGCAAAGCAAAAAUCCACUUCGACUAAGUCACACGGAACUUGAAGAGUUACUCGAUUUUGGUAAACGUUCGAGAGGAGAAAAAGGACUUCCUCGUCCACAGAAUCAAUGGGUAUUGUAUCGUAAAUAUAAGCGUCUCGAAGUUGACAUCACCAGAUUUGGCCAAAUUACAAAGAUUGUGGCAUGUCAAUGGCAUACAGAAACAAAUUCCGUUAAACAAUUUUUUGAAUUUCUUGCCGAAAUUAGCAAGCGUGCUCAUAAAUUAGCGUUCCCAGAAUAUCGUUUUAGACCGGGGCAAAAUUUUUCCAAAAAAAAAAAGGACAUUAAAAUGAGCGAACCUGAUCACGAUCUAGGAGUCAAUAACCUCGGAUUCAACAAUAAUACAAUUGGACAUAGCAUACAGCAACUUCCCAUCACCGAUACGAUCUCGGAAUCGCCUCAAUUUUCCGGUGAAAUGCAAUUACAAACUUUGGAUUGGAGUCACAACCAAUUGUUCGCGUAUUUUAAUCCGGAACUAUUCGCUGGGCUUAACACAACAUUUGCGACAUUAAAUUUACAGCAGCCCCAAGAGUUAUCAUCACCCGCACCGAAAAUAGACAACGUUGAUGUCUUACCUUUACCGCAGUCCCAAGAAUUAUUAUUACCCGUACCGAAAAUAGACAAUAUCGAUAUUUUAUCGUCACAAACAACCAAUGAACAAAUCGUGGUUCCUUCAAUGCCAGAAAUUAAUCAUUCUCGUUCUGUACAAUCUAUUAUUGAAUUGCAGAAACAAAUUUUUUUGCUUUCGAGUCAGCAAAAUUCGCUUUCCAAUUUAACAAACUUUCAAACGUAUCAAGAGUAUUAA